AUGUCUUGUUCAGCAAUAUUUAUUCUAGAUCAGAAGGGAAAUGUAAUUAUGUCGCGAAAUUUUCGUGGAGAUAUAGAUGUUUCUGUUAUAGAGAAAUUUAUGCCGCUACUCGUUGAGCAAGAGGAUGAGGGGAGAGCUUCACCAAUUAUACAAAAUGGAGAACUUAGCUAUAUUUUUAUUAAACAUAUGAAUAUUUAUUUAGUUGCACUUUCUCAAAGAAAUCCAAAUGUGGCAAUGGUUCUUUCAUUUCUUUACAAAUGUGUUGAAACUUUUGUUUGUUAUUUUAAAGAUUUGGAAGAGGAAUCAGUUCGUGAUAAUUUUGUUGUUAUUUAUGAAUUAUUGGAUGAAAUGCUUGAUUUUGGUUAUCCACAAACAACAGAACCUCGAAUUCUUCAAGAAUAUAUAACACAAGAAACUCAACGAUUAGAGAUUGCACCUCGUCCACCUAUGGCUGUUACAAAUGCCGUUUCUUGGCGUUCAGAGGGUAUAAAAUAUAGAAAGAAUGAAGUGUUUUUGGAUGUUAUUGAAUCUGUUAAUUUAUUGGCAAAUGCUAACGGAACUGUCCUUCGAAGUGAAAUUGUUGGGUCAAUUCGAAUUAGGGUUAUACUUUCUGGAAUGCCUGAAUUACGACUUGGAUUGAAUGAUAAAGUUUUGUUUCAGGCUGUUAGAAAAGGUCGUGGUAAAGCAGUAGAAUUAGAAGAUGUUAAAUUCCAUCAAUGUGUCCGCUUAUCUCAUUUCGAAAGUGACCGAACAAUAUCUUUUAUUCCGCCAGAUGGAGAAUUUGAAUUAAUGAGUUAUCGACUAUCUAGUGCUCAAAUAAAACCUUUAAUUUGGGUACAAGUACAAAUGGAGAAACAUGCACAUUCUCGUGUUGAAUAUAUUGUGAAGGCAAAAUCCCAAUUUAAACGUCAAUCAAUUGCAAAUCAUGUUGAAAUUCAAAUUCCCGUUCAAAGCGAUGCCGAUUCCCCAAAAUUUAAAAGUAUUGUUGGAUCUUCCCGUUAUGCCCCAGAGAAUGGGGCAUUUAUUUGGACAAUAAGAAGUUUUCCUGGAGAUAGAGAAUAUUUAAUGAGAGCACAUUUUAGUCUUCCUUCUGUUGAAAAUGAUGAAAGUGAAGGGAAAGUACCUGUUUAUGUGAAAUUUGAAAUUCCUUAUUUUACUACAUCUGGUUUACAGGUUCGUUAUCUGAAAAUUAUUGAAAAAAGUGGGUACCAAGCACUUCCUUGGGUACGUUAUGUUACACAAAAUGGUGAUUACCAAAUUCGAACCUAGAAUAGAAUAUACUUUUUGAAGAUAAGGAAAAAAUCAAUUUGUGAGGAAUAUUUAUUAGGGAUAAAAAUAUUUUUAUAUUAAAAAGUGGAGGUGGACACGACCAGUUAAUUCUUCCCUGUGGAGAUGUAAAGCUCUUAUUCUUCUCUAUUCGGCUCGCUACAGGGAAGAAUUAAUUGGUCUAUCCAACUUGAUUAAAAACAAUUUAAAUAAGUUUAAAUUGUUUCUGGCUACUUUUAUUAGUGCGAUUAAUUGUUUAUUUUUUAAAUUAUUUUUUAAAAAUAUUUUUAAGUUAAUAGCAAAUGGAAAACUUAUUUCUUCUAUUUUUCUGUUUAUUUAACAAAAAUAUUUCUUGCCUUUGAAAGAAAUGUAUUCCUUUUAAUACUAAUAAUAUUUUCAUAUCUUUUUCCAUUAUUUUCGCCUUCUAAAUUUUUUUCUUAAUUUUUAACUCGAAAGUUGCCUUCUUUUCGCAAACUAUUGACUUUUUUUUUAAAUUUUUUGUGAUCAAUUCCAACCCCAAUAUUGUUGUGAUGAAUAUUUAAUAAUAGAAAAUUGUUGCAUCU